AUGAAAACCACAAAACAGUGUCAAGAUAUGGAAUUUUGUGAAACCUCUCACACUCUGUGCUCUGGCUACCAGACAGACAUGCACAGUGUUUCUCGUCAUGGCUAUCAGCUGGAGAUGGGAUCUGAUGUGGACACAGAGACGGAAGGUGCUGCCUCACCCGACCAUGCUCUAAGAAUGUGGAUAAGGGGAAUGAAAUCAGAGCAUAGUUCUUGCCUGUCCAGUCGGGCCAACUCUGCAUUAUCCUUGACCGACACUGACCACGAAAGGAAGUCAGAUGGGGAAAAUGGUUUUAAAUUCUCUCCUGUUUGUUGUGAUAUGGAGGCUCAAGCUGGCUCUACUCAAGGCAAGUAUUUUCAAAUAUUUGACUACAGAUUAUUUUUACUUCACUCCAUCCCUAACAGCCACUCCACAAAGUGGAACCCUGUUCUCUAA